AGCAGGCGCUGCGCGCCGAAAAUGGCGGCGCCCGUGCUGCGGCGCGUCCUCGGCCGGCGCUGGACUCCCGCGAGGCCCUGGAGGCCGGCGGCGGCCCCGGGGCGGCGGGCGGCGUGCAUUCUGGCGGCGUUGCAGGCGCGCGGGCUGCUGCAGACCGUGUUCCCGGAGCACGGCUCCCGCGCGGACCUGGCGGAGCUGCUGGCGCCCGGCGCGCCCCCGCUAACGGCCUACUGCGGCUUCGACCCCACGGCUGACUCGCUGCACGUGGGCCACUUGCCCGCGUUGCUCGGCCUCUUCCACCUGCAGCGCGCCGGCCACCACGCCAUCCUGCUGGUGGGCAGCUCCACGGCGCGGCUGGGCGACCCGAGCGGCCGGCGGGAGAAGCGCGCGGCGCUGGACGCCGGGCAGCUGGAGCGCAAUGCGCGGGGUCUGCGCGCCGGGCUGGAGGCGCUGGACGCGGGGCACCGCGCGCUCGGGCCGCCGGGCGCCGCCUGGGGCAGCCUGCGGGUGCUGGACAACGCGGCCUGGCUGGGCGAGCAGCGCCUGCUGGACUUCGCGGCGGCCGCGGGCGCGCACUUCCGCAUGGGCGCGCUGCUGGGACGGCCGAGCGCGCGGGAGCGGCUGCGGGGCCCGGCGGGCAUGAGCCUGGCCGAGUUCCUCUACCCGGUGCUGCAGGCCUACGACUUCUACCACCUCUUCCGCACCUACGGCUGCCGCCUGCAGCUGGGCGGCGCCGACCAGCUGGGCAACAUCACCUGCGGCCACGACUUCGUGCGCCGGAUGACGGGAGAAGAUGUCUUUGGCAUCACCGUUCCUCUCAUCACAAGCACCACUGGUGCGAAGCUGGGGAAGUCCGCUGGCAACGCCGUGUGGCUGAGCAGAGAGAGGACGUCCCCGUUUGAACUGUAUCAGUUCUUCCUCAGGCAGCCAGACAACAUGGUGGAGAGGUACCUAAAGCUCUUCACUUUUCUGCCACUGCCUGAGAUUGAGCAUAUCAUGCAGCUACAUGCCCAGGAGCCUGAGAAGCGGGGACCCCAGAAGCGCCUGGCAGCCGAGGUCACCAAGCUGGUACACGGCCAGGAGGGGCUGGACUCCGCCAAGAGGUGCACACAGGCCCUGUACCACAGCAGCGUGGACGCACUGGAGGUGAUGUCUGACCAGGAGCUGAAGGAGCUCUUCAGGGAAGCCGCCUUCGCAGAGCUAGUGCUGGACCCAGGGACCAGUGUCCUGGACACCUGCCGCAAGGCCAAUGCCAUCCCAGACGGCCCACGUGGGUACCGCAUGAUCACAGAGGGCGGAGUGAGCAUCAACCACGUGCCCGUGACCAAUCCCGAGGGCGUGCUGGUGUUGGGCCAGCACAUCCUGCGCAAUGGACUCUCGCUGCUCAGGGUGGGCAAGAAGAACGUCUACGUCAUCAAGUGGCUGCAACUGGGGUGAGGCCUCCACACCCCUCCCCGCAGCUGCUGAAUAAACCAGCCUUGGUCUAGUGGC